AACCAAAAAAAAAAAAAAAAAAAGAUAAAAAGUCAGCUUGGGCUGUGUAUCUAGACAACAAACAACCAAACCAGAAAAACUCAGAACGUGGAUACUAGUCGUGCAUCUAGGAAGUGGAGUUAGGAGGCUCAGGAGUUCAAGGUCUUCCUCAGUUCCGUAGUUGGGGCCAGUCUGGGCUGUGUGACUUUGGCUCAAACAAAGCAAAUGAGAGAAAACUAAAACCAAUAACUAACAUGCUUAGCUGUAAAUCUGAUGAAGGGUAAUCAGAACACACCGGCUGGGAAUGAUUGCAGUUGGCGACUUGUUUCAGUGGGGAAGGAAGGGAGCGUGCCACCAAGCCUGAUGACCUGCAUCUAGUCUGCAGGACCCACGUGAUGGAAGGAGAAAAUCCACUCCUUCGAGCUCUGACCUCCACACACAUACAGUGAAUGUAGUAAAAAGUUAAACUGAUCUAAGCUGAGAAAGUCCCCUCCCCACCUGACCCCUGGCUAAGGACUUGUCUUGCAGAUUCAUGUCUAGUGAUCCAGGAACAUGGGCACUAUACUCAGCGACUUCCCGAGCAUUCCAGAUCUUGCUGUGAUGUGCCUGCCAUAGGCUUCUGUUUUCCCUGUGAUCACGUCCCAGCCACCUUCCUCAGCACAGUCCCUUCGCUUGGGACAGGAGCCCAGAGCUGCCGGGAUUUCCCCAGGAUCCAGCCCCCGCCCAGCCCUGCCAGGGAGGGAGGUGACGGCUGACUGAGUUGAGGAAACUCCCCGGGAACCUGUUUAUUCGCUUCCUGGCCGGGCUGGGGUUCCUACUGGAAGGACGGGGACCUGGGCUGGACAUGGCCUCGGCCCUGAGCCCACCCAAGGGCCCCAAGCCCAAAGGCGUGCCACCUUCACACUACUAUGAGAGCUUCCUAGAGAAAAAGGGACCCUGUGACCAGGAUUACAGGAAGUUCUGGGCAGGCCUCCAGGGUUUAGCCAUCUGCUUCUACAACAGUAACCGGGACUUUCAGGCCCUGGAGAAGCUGGACCUGAGGCUGUUUUCAAAGAUCAAAGAUGAGUCUCCAUGGGGAAGCUCAAGGGAUACCAGCCCUCACUUCAGCCUGGUACUCCGGGACCAGGAGGUCAAAUUCAAGGUAUGUCAGGAGAAAGGAGAGACCCAUCCAUUGAGUCCAGCAUUCAGAAUAAAAAUACAGUCACUCCAUGUCCCAUCUAACCUGACCCUGCUGCCCGGACACCUGUACAUGAUGGCCGAGGUUCUGGACAAAGAGAAGGCGAGGCGAGCAGCAGAGGUGCCCUGGUGUUUCCUGCAGGUGAGCCGGCUGGAGGCGCAGCUGCUCCUGGAGCGCUACCCCGAGUGCGGAAACCUGCUGCUGAGGCCUGGAGGGGACGGCAAAGACGGUGUGUCUGUCACUACCCGACAGAUACUCAACGGGUCUCCAGUGGUCAAGCACUACAAGGUGAAGCGGGAGGGUCCCAUGUAUGUGAUCGACGUGGAAGACCCGUUUUCCUGCCCCUCACUGGAUGCUGUGGUCAACUAUUUCGUGACAUACACGAAGAGGGCAUUGGUACCCUUCCUGAUGGAGGAGGACUAUGAGAAGGUUCUAGGCUUCGUGGACUCAGAUCGGGAGAACGGCGAGAGUGUAUGGGCUGUGUCCUCCUCCCGGGAUUCAGGCCCUGCCCCCCUCGCUAAUGUCUCGAAGCCACUCCCACCUGUGCCUGUGUCUGUGUCCAGUCAGGAGGACAAGCUACCUCUACUACCUCCCCUGCCUCAGCUACCAGACCAGGAUGAGAACUAUGUGACCCCCAUUGAAGAUUCCCCGGCAGUUGAGUACGUGAAUCAAGACGUGUCUUCCUCUAGUCAUCCAGUCCCCUCAAAGCCCAAGAAGCCAGUGAAGCUCCCAGCAAAACCCCCAAAGCCACGGAUCAUGCCCAAACCAGAUCUCAAAGCCAUCGCCAGUGUCUGGGCCACGAAGCCAGUGUCACCCCAGGAUCCCUUCCUUCUGACAAAGCUGGGGGACGUCACAGCUGAGCUGGAAGAGAAACUGCAGAAGAGGAGAGCACUGGAGCACUCAUCUAGGCCCCCAGGGACCAGCAGGCUAUCUCAGGACACAACAGUCCUCCACCAGCUCUGUCCUCACUGAGGGGACUGGACAUGCCCAUCACAGUGAAGAAUCCUAUCCUCCAAACAGUGAAGCAGGGAAGAGCCCUGGGAGACCGGAGGCUAGCCUGAGCCAUAAAGUGAUUUCCACGGCAGCCUUGGCUAGAGUGAGGCUUUGUUUAAUAAAGCAAAAAACAA